AUGGAAAAAAACACUGCAGUUAGGUUUUUACUUCUUUAUUUAUAUGCAGGAUUCUCAGCAUCUGUGGAGCAAAUGUUUGCAAUUGUGGAUGGCAGUUCACAUGCUAUUUCAGAUCAAGGUCUUCUGCAAAGGAAUGGUCAACGCUUCGAUGGUGGCGUGAAGCCAAAAUUUGACGUAAAUCAAGUAGCAAUUACACAGGUUGUCAGCUACGACUUGAGCAGGAAAGAACAGUUGGAAAGAGAAUCCUGGAGGCCAUUCACCCACAGCCACUACAGCCCUCUGAACGUCACAGUUAAUGACAUCCCCUGCAUUCUCUUCUGGGCCAAGAGGAUCAUGAUUAAGUUUAAAAACCACACACAGCUGGAUUUGACAGAGAAGACAUUUGGUGUCCAUGCAACCGUGGAUGUUGGAGAUUCUAACUGCAGUGAAGAUAGCGCAGUGCUUUCUCUGAAGUUUGGUGACAUUGGCAAUCUAAAGGGACUUGUUAUUAGAUUCUUAUUAACAACCAGUUAUUACCAGCUGUCUGUUCAGAACUGGUUCAGUUUACACAGAGUGCAGCUUCUUUACAACCACUCUGUACAAGCGACAUUUAAUGCAACCAGAAUAUAUGCACCGGCAAGUUACUCCUACCACUGUGAACGUGUGAGCAGCUUGCAGAGAUAUGAUGCACUCCUGAUACCCAGCUCCGCAAAUGAUGUUUCAAAGCUCUGGGAAGUCACUUUCAUUGAUUUCCAGAUUCAAGGUUUUAACAUUCAAGAAGGACAUUUUGCCUAUGCGAAAGACUGUGCAUCCUUUUUCUCUCCAGCAAUACUUAUGGGUUUGGUUAUGUCACUGAUUCUGCUGCUGGUUCUUGCCUAUGCUCUUCAUAUGUUGAUCCACUUGAAAUCUCUUGACAGGCAUUAUGAAUGCAAAGCUUCUCCUGCCUAUUUUGUACAAAUGAAAGACAAUGACGUGGGGGAUGAGAAGGAGCCUCUGAGAAGCAGUGGAAAUGAAUCCUAUGAACUUAGAAACCAACAGUUCUGUAAAAUCUAUAUUUAGCAGUAUGCAUCUGUCUCAGUGGAACAAGUGGUAUUUUUUUUUCUGCUGGCACUGUUCUUUUUAGUUUGUGUGGAUUUUUCACCAGUUGAUCAAAGGAAAAAUAGGUAACAGACUGUUUAGCCAGUUACUGGCUAUUAUUUGUUGAUAAUCAUCACAAAGAUGUUUUGAAAAAAGAGGACAAGAUAAAAUAAUCGCAGUGGAGUGAGAGAAUUCAUGUGAUGAGAGUUUAUUCCCAU